AGCUUCCGGUUUGUCACUUUAUCGAGGGAAAUCAAGUGCGUUAUCAGUUUACAAGGAAUUUAUCAGUUGUGCGCGCCGGCCGUCUUUUCAGUCUUAACGGAUAUUCUUUAUCGAGUGUCUGGUAAAACCUAACAGAAGAGAAGAGUUCCCAAAGAUGAUAUUUUACACCUUCAUCUUCCUGUCACUGGUUAUAGGAUUCGAAGCUGCAACAUGCCCAGAAAUUGUCACCAGAGCUCAAUGGGGUGCCCGAACCGGAAGACCUGUCCCUGCAAUGAGAGUUCCUGUAAGUCAUGUGUUCAUUCACCAUACAGAUGGCGCCACAUGCAACAGCAAAGAUUCAUGCUCCAAAGUUGCUCGUCAAAUACAGAAUUAUCAUAUUGAUGUUAAAAAGUGGAGAGACAUAGGCUAUAGUUUCCUGGUGGGUGGAGAUGGUCGAAUCUACGAAGGUCGUGGUUGGGAAAAAGUCGGAUCUCACACUCUAGGUUACAACGCAAGAUCCAUCGGCAUUUCCUUCAUGGGAAAGUACGAUACCAUAGAACCGAGUCCUGCGAUGAUCGAUGCAGCAAGAAAACUCAUUGACUGUGGAGUUCAGCUGAAAUUCGUCACAACAUCUCGUCAAAUCCAUGGUCACCGGAAUGCCAAAUGCACGGAUUGCCCGGGAAAAGAUCUGUACAAUAUCAUCCAGAAAUGGCCUGGAUUCGUAGGAGGAAAAUUACCCGGGUACAUUUGCCAAUGAAUGGGCUUCAACUGAAUUUUCAUAUUUUUAUCUAUCAUCAUAAUUAUCUUGCUUUUGUCUUUGACUUCUAUUGAUGAUGCAUCGCAUUUUAUUCGUAUUUGCUAUAUACAUAUGAUAACAAAAUGUAGUUUAUAAAAAAUUCCAUAUUGUUUCUUUUUAUAAAUAAAUUGUUUAAUGUUCUUUUAAA